CUCUUCCUCCUCCAUUCAGUUGGCGGCUCUACCCCUCUCUCCGUUUUCUCCUCUCCGCUGAGUCUCCAGUCAGAAUUGGAGGAGCCUUUUUUCCUGAAUGCAAUAAGCUCGAGGAGGGAUCCACAGACAUGAUUUUUGUGAUCUUAUCUUUCCGAAAAUGAGGCGAAAAGCUGCUAAGCGGGUCAUCACAGAUAGCCGGCAACUAUCUGGCUCCCCAGGCAAGACUUAAAGCUUUGACUAUUGGUAUGCGGUUAGAAUUCAAACCUCGGCUCAGCAUUCAGUUGAGCAGCAACAGCAGCAGACGUUACAGCCGCACACACAUGCAAGCUGAGGCAGAGCAAAAACUAUGAAAAAGAUAUAUAUUGGCAAAACAGCCCUGAAAAGCCAGAGAAAUGGAUGCAAACAUCCAAAAAGAAGCUCUUUCCAUGACCACAAGGACGACCUUCGCAAGCGCCUGUCGUACACCACACACAAACUAGAGAUGGUAGAGACAGAGUUCGACUCCACCCGGCAGUACCUGGAGACGGAGCUGCGGCGCGCUCAGGAGGAGCUGGAGAAAUUCACAGAGAAGCUGCGCAGGAUCCAAAGUAGUUACUCGUCUCUUCAGAGGAUCAACCAGGAUUUAGAGGACAAGAUGUGCAGAACGUCUCAGCACCAUGAGGAGGAAAAGCGAGCGCUCAGCCGGGAAAUCAUUGUUCUCAACAAUCACCUGAUGGAGGCAAAGAUCACCAUCAAUAAACUCAGAGAGGACAAUGACCUGUACAGGAAAGACUGCAACCUGGCCGCCCAGCUGCUGCAGUGCUCCAAGUCUCACUACAGAGCUCACAAAUCAUCUGAGCUGCCGCUGGACUUCCAGGAACGCAUCAGCUCCUACAUGGAGAAACAUAGCCGGGGUAGAGGAGCCACCAUAGCAAUGUGUCACCCUAACUACCCUGAAGAAGUGCCCACAGCCGUAAUUGCCAAGGUCCUGGAAAAGCCUGAACCUGGAAGAGAUUCCCCUGUAACAUGCCCUGAAAGCUCCCACAUUCUGGAUGGUGACUUUCUAAUAGGAACAGGAAGCAACGAACACCUGAACCGCCGCAUUUCGUACAAGACAUCGGACCUGUACUGCAGCGAUACCGCCCUGUAUUGUCCUGAGCGAUGGCAAGACACAGAACGCAGGCAAAGCGUUGACCUCCAUGGCACUGCCCUGCUUCAGCUGCAUGCUCAGACCUCCUUAGACAGUAACCCAGAUGAUGAUCCUUUCCAGUCCGGCAGCUUCUCCCACCAUGACCCCCCAGCGUCUUUCCACCAGCAUGACGAGUUUGGCACUGGCAGCUUCCCGGCCUCGAGUUCAUACUCCAGCUUCAGCCUCGCAUCGGAUGAGAAGGGAGCAGUUAGCGGAGGCUGUGGGCGCGCUGCCAGCAGCACCUUAUCCUCGUCCCACCAGGGUCUUUACAUAGAUUGGCGAGAUGGUGGCAGUGGGGACUAUGAGCGCAAGAGCUUGUCUUCGUAUGACAAAGAAGUUCCCGGGUUCUCCAAGUCGCACAGCAUUCAGCAUAUGGUGACUACUAGGAGUCCCCAGAAGGGUACGUCACCGUCGUACACAAGGACAGCUUCGUGCUUCAGUGAACCAUACCACUCCAGUUCCCCUCGCCUCGCCUCGUCCCGCAGCAUGGGGUCUACAACCGGACUGGGCCAGGCUCAAGGUGGAGCUUCGGAUAGCAGAAAUGACGUACCUGAGGAUGACUUGAGUGUCCGCUGGAAACAGCUCAGCGUGGAGGACAUCCACACUUUCUCGUCUUAUCGCAACAUUGCAGGGCGGAUCUCACCAUACAGCUUCUCUGAGCGACAGUUUGCAAUGGGCCCUUCCAGUAAACUCAAAGAGUCUCUCUACAGCAGCUUCCAAGAAGGAGAUGACGUCUUCCACAGCCACAUGCUUGACCAGUGUUUUUCUAUUGGCUCCCUUUCACCCAGCCACAAUCCGAAACCCAAGGAGCAUCGCAAGUCAGAGAAAACCUCUGUGCUGUACCGAGCCAAGAAUGACAGUCAAGACUCCGAGGGAAGUCUGUUCCUCUCAGUAAGCUCUAAAGACAAGGAAAGCAGUGGGGCCGCAACAACUGCGAACAGUGCAAAGAAGGACUACGUAAACCUGAGCGUGGACAGCUCGGCCGAGUCCUUACACCACAGCUCACUGGAAGCCUCGAGUCUUCAGCACUACCCGGCACCAAGGCCAACGAUCCGUCCUCGCCCGAGUUCCAGUUCCGCUCUCAGCGUAGGCCCCGCACUCCCAAAGAAGACUUCUCCAAGGUACCAAAAAUUUGGGAGCACAGGAUUGACAAGGAAGGACAGCUUGACCAAGGCGCAGCUCUACGGAAAGGCCACCAGUAUGCUGCUAGCACAGUGAGGAGCUAAACACCAACUUCUGUUUAAAGGGCAUAUGCCACCGAGAAUAUUAUCAAAAAC